AAUAGUUUAAGGCAAAUUCAUGAGAAAUGAAUGCAUAAUGAAGUUGUGUAAAAUGUGAAAAUUUAAAUGGAGUGGGGUUUAAGUGUGUUACACCUGUAACCCACAUUGAGUAUAAACACGGCCCUGUCAACAAUGGCAUACCGAUUCAUGACAUACUCCCAAACACAACAGCAAAGGUCCUUCUGGCAAGCGGUGAUCGUUACAGUUUAAGUGUGUGCAAAAUCAAUGCCAAAAAAGGGUUUAGCGUCAUAAAUUACACCAUGACUUUCCAAUAUUUUUUAAUAUUUCGGCAAAUUAGCUCAAACUGAACAUCAAAACAAAUUCGUAUUUCGGUUUCCCCCACUCCGAUGACAAUUGACGUUUACAAGUAUGGCUGAUCUGUUCGCAAAAGUCAGUUGUACAUAUUGCCAGGAAGAUAUUAACGGGGUCCGGGUGCAAUGUUGCGUUUGCACCGAUUUCGAUAUGUGCCUCCAGUGUUUUGCCAGUGGGGCUGAGAUUGGACCACACAAAAAUGACCAUGCAUACAAAUUUUAUGAUCAAUGUGCUGUGAGUAUUUUCGGAGGAAAGGGAGCAUGGACGGGCCGGGAGGAACUGAUGUUGUUGGAUGCUGUGGAGUUUUAUGGCUUUGGAAACUGGGAACGGGUGGCGCAGGAUGUAGAAACAAGAACUGCAGAAGAGGUGAAGGAGGAGUACAUAUCUCGGUACUUGGAGGGUAAUAUAGGUAAGGCAACAUGGGCGGCUUUAGAAAAUCACAAACCGAUUCUCUACGAUCACGUACCUGAGGACAAUGGACCGUUGUCGCCGUCGGUGACGGCACGAUUACCCCCGCUAGAAAUAACGCCAGAAGAAGCACGGUUGCUCGGCUACAAACCGUAUAGGGACGAUUAUGAGAGAGAGUACAAUAUGGAAGCGGAAAGCUUAGUGUCGAAGCUUCAACUGGAUCCGGCAGAGGACAGUGAAUUGGAAAUAGCACUUAAGUUGUCCAUUGUCGAUAUAUACACGAGGAAGCUUAGGGAGCGGGCACGAAGGAAACGAAUCGUUCGAGAUUACCAGCUAGUUUCUAAGUAUUUCUCAACUUUAAGAAAGGACCCACCCAAACGUCCUCUAACAAAAGAACAAAGGGAGCUGCGAGAUAAAUCCAGGGUGUUUGCCCAAUUCCUAACGUCGGGAGAACACGACAGAUUAAUCGCCAGCAUGGAGAGGGAGCGGGAGCUCCGGCACAGGCUCAACGAACUGUUGCGCUACAGGAACUUGGGCCUGACCACGCAGGAAGAGAUCAUCCAUUACGAGCAGCACGCCGCUUUCCAGAGGCAACAGCAAAUGCGACAGAGCAAAUCUGGCAGCAGUGGCUAUCUAACAUCAACCCAGGAGUGCCCAACAGAAAACGGAAACGGCGAAAUAGAAUCAAGUUCCACAGAAAAAAAAUCCACGUGGCAUCGCGAAGACGUGCCAGAGAACAACAACACCAGCUUGAGCCAGAGGCCUAGUGCCGCAACGUCAGCAGUUGAUCCACCUAUUUCUACUCAACCCCCAGAAACGCUAUUAUCCAAAAGUGAAAUACAAUUUUGCACAGAUCUCGAGAUUCAACCUGUCCACUACAACACACUGAAGUCGCUCAUUAUUCAGGAAAGUUUAGUGGCACCCAAAAAGCAUGUCAGUGAAGAGACCAAAGAAUUUGGCAUUAAGGAGGCUGUAACUCAGUACUUGGGCUUCAGUGGAUGGUUACCAGGUUAAACAUGCCAUAAUUUGCAAUUAUUAAUUAAGUAAUUUAUUUGAAUUAAUGUAACUCAAGCCAUAGAUUUGUUGAAUAUUUUUAUAAAUGUUGAUGCUGUGCAAAAUGGUAUAUCUACGGAAUUGUAUUCUUAUUGUUUAUUGUUAUUGGUAAAGUGUAAUUUCAUGGGAGUCAACUGCAUUUAUCUUCAUUAGAGUACCAUUAUGUUAAGACUGUUUGUACAUUUUUAAGUUGAUAGAAUAAACAAAGAUGACUGAAA